AGUUAUUUGAUUGGUGGCAAGUUCUGUGGCUACAAGACAUCUCUGUUCAUGAUGUUUUUUUCCUCUUCAGUUCUGCCAAGUGCAAAAGCAGAACAGUGCAGAAACAGCAUCUUGUCUCAACACAAGGAGGAAUCAAACAAAACAACAGAACAAAGACCGACACACCUCUAAGGCACAGGCGGAAGAACGGAAGUUGAACAUCACCUUCUUCAUCUAUCAAGUAAUUAUGUCUCGUCCUACAAACAGAAGACCAGAAUACCAUAAAAUAAACAAAGAUCUCUUUGUCCUCACAUAUGGAGCUCUGGUUGCCCAACUAUGUAAGGAUUAUGAAAAAGAUGAAGAUGUGAACAAAUAUUUAGAUAAAAUGGGUUAUGGCAUUGGAACACGGCUGGUAGAAGACUUUUUGGCUCGAUCCUGUGUGAGAAGAUGCCACAGUUACUCAGAAAUUGCAGACAUAAUUGCCCAGGUUGCUUUCAAGAUGUACUUGGGAAUUACACCAACUGUGACCUGUAACAACUCAAGCAGAAAUGAAUUUUCCCUGAUUCUGGACAAGAAUCCUAUGGCAGAGUUUGUGGAAGAGCUCCCUGCUGGGCGAUCUUCUCUGUGCUACUGCAACUUACUCUGUGGGAUUAUCAGAGGUGCCCUGGAAAUGGUUCAUUUGCCUGCUGAUGUUACAUUCUUGCAAGACAGACUGAAAGGCGACAGUGUGACAGAAAUAGGAAUAACAUUUCUAAAAAAGCAAGACGAGAAAAAAUAUAGACGGAAAAAAUGAAGAACAGCAUGCAAAAUGCCACAGGGUGACUAGCUGACUAGCUGACAAGUGAAUAUUAGCUAAAUAUGUAUAAACAUAUAG